AUGACAGCCGUCGCAAGCCCUCCCACUUUCUCGCAGCACAACCGGUCGGGUCCUUGGGCAAGCCUGACGGGUGGCCAUACCGGCGCACCCGACGACCGGAUGUUUAUGCCAAGGAAGAGCCUCCAGCGCAACAACUCAUCCUCCUCGAUAUCGUCGACAUCAUCCACAUCAACCGUCUCGAAUGGGGGUUCUCAGUCUCAGCCAAAUGGUGUGUUGUUGCAACAACCAUCGGGAGAGCUAGGUUCGUGGUCAAAUGGCAACGCCACAGUCGACGCGCGCAAACGUCCUCAAGCCAAGACUCCAUGGCCUCCACAGAAACCAGAGUCGCAGGUAGAUCCAAACCGGGCAGGCGUGCGGGCUAACGGUCGCCCUACAUUUGUGGGAGGUGCCGUCAAUGGGAAUGGAACCAUGCAUGCCAAUCCCUCUCAGAUACUGCCCUCCCAAGGCCAACUAGGAUCGCAGCAGGGUACGCAGAGGCUGAUGUCCGAAUCUCUAUCUGGCGGUCCGGCGCCUGUCCUCUAUUUGUUAUCGUUGAACGGCACCUUUGAGCGGAAGACCAUUUCUGUACCGUUCUCCCCGGACACCCUGAGAAUCGGCCGGCAAACAAACGCCAAAACCGUACCGACGCCCGUCAACGGCUUCUUCGACUCCAAGGUACUGUCUCGACAACAUGCCGAGAUCUGGGCAGACAGACAGGGCAAAAUUUGGAUCCGAGACGUCAAGUCGAGCAACGGCACGUUCGUGAACGGGUCGCGGCUAUCCCAAGAGAACCGCGAGUCAGAGCCACACGAACUACAAACCGGAGAUCACUUGGAGCUGGGUAUCGAUAUCGUUAGUGAAGAUCAAAAGACGGUUGUGCAUCACAAGGUUGCUGCCAAAGUGGAACAUGCCGGCUAUCUCAACUCUGCCAGCAACGUCUUGGACAUGAAUUUUGGCGACCUCGAUCCCACGAACGGCUCCAUGAUGAUGCAUCCCCAGGGCAUUGCCAUGUAUCGCGGCCGUGCUGGUAGUCAGGCGUCCAUGACGAACAAUGGACGCAUGGUCACGGGUGGGCCCCUUAUGGGAGGACAACCCAGUGGCAUGAGCCAUCAGCGAGGCUUCUUCUUUUCUCCCAUCAGCACAGAACAGAUCGUCAAGAAACUACAGAGCGAGAUGCGCACAGCUCGCCUGCAAACACACGAUCUCAGCAGGACAGGGCAGUUUGUCAACGCCCUGCUUACUAAAGACGACAUCAAGGACAUGGAGAAGGUCGACAUCAACGAGGUGCCCAAGUCGCAAGUGGUGAAUGGCAACGGCGUCUCGUUCCGGUCUGACGGCGGCAAAACGCGGUUCUCUGACCCGCCAGCUCCACCACCGCAACAGCCACUUCCUGAGAAACCCGACGUGCCUUCGUUGAAGCGGGGGCUCACCGAGAAACCCAAACUACCUGGACAGAACAAUUCGCCUGGUCGUCAUGAUGGACACUCGAGCCAAAUCAUACAACUGACAGAAGCCCUGAAGAAUGCUCAAAGAGAGAUCGAAUCACAAACAUCCCGGAUGAAGGAUCUUGAAGAAAUGCUCAAGAAGGAGCGGGAGGCGCGAGAGCUUGCUGAGGAUCUUGCCAGGCGGCUGGAGGUUGCAGCUACGACCAAACCAGACGUCUUGACGGACAAGCCUGAGCAGGCGCCUGCUAUCCUGACCGAGACGUUUGAACCACCAGCUGAACAUCUAAAUAACAACGACCAGGACACACCCAUGACCGAUCCGGGUACCGAACAGAGAGAUGACACCGCCCAAUUACAGAGCCAGAUUGAGACCAUGGUGUUGCAAAUGACGGAUCUACGCCUCCAACUCGAGAGCUUGCACGAGCGUGCCAUCGCUGCAGAAGCCGAGAGAGAUUCAGACCGGAAAUCACUGGCCGAGAUGGCGCUGCAGCUUCGCGAGGAAGCGGAAGCCAGAGAGGCCCUCGCCCAGGAGAACGCUCAUCUCCAAGCCGAGGUCCACGCUGCUCAGGACGCAAGCACAACCAGCGGCAGGCUUAGCCGGUCGUCGACGCUGGCCGAGAUCUCGACAGUCGCUUCCGCAGACGACGAUGCCGCAGGCGAGACAAUGAAAGAUCGCCCGGCAAUUACCAGGACAAAUACGAUCACGCCUCUGACCACAUCUGCCGGGGUCCUGGUACACGAGCAUGCUCUCACUAGCAGCAUUCCAUAUGCAUCCAUGGUCGGCGUCGUGAUCCUCGGCAUGGGCCUCAUGGUAUAUAUCAAUGGCUGGCAAGCACCGCCACGGGUCGAGAGGUAG